AUGGCAUCGAGAAAGCUGGCACACUAUUUUUAUGCGCACACAAUAGUUGUGCUGACCGAAUUCCCUCUCAAGGUGCUCUUUGAGAAGGCCGACUUCACCGGGAGGAUUUUGAAGUGGGCCGUGGAAUUGGGGCAGUACGACAUCAGGUUUCGCCCGCGCACCGCGGUCAAAGCUCAAGCUCUUGCAGAUUUUGUGGCGAAAUUCACCCCUGGGACGCAUCCCGUUUGCCCGAUUGAUUUGGUUGGUGCGGAUUUAGCACAACCCAAGGUUUUGGCAACGGAGACAAGCGUUGGCUCACACGUGGGAAAAGGGCAAAGUUUGACCGAACUAGCAAAGUCCGACAACUCGUUGGAAGAUGAACCCAGUGGAGACGAGAAAAAAGACCAGAGCGAGCGAGCCAGAGACAUUGAAUUGAGAAGCUCCCAAAACCCAUCUGAUUGUUGGAAGCUGUUCAUUGGCGAGAUGUGGAAGCUCUUCGUCGAUGGAGCGUCCAACAGGCAUGGGGCCGGGCUGGGCAUUGUGCUGACCUCCCCAGAUGGGCUGAUUAUUGAGCAAGCAAUGUCGAUCAUCUCGGCCCAAUGCUCUGCUGGGCCCUCAACUUGUUCGGUAUCUGGGGAGUAUGAGGCAAGGGAUGGAAGAAUGUCCAAGUAUCAAGCGUUGGUACGGGAAGAAAUCAAGAAGUUCCUCGCGAUAAGAGUGGAACAAAUCAACCGCGAAGAAAACAACUCGGCUGACGAAUUGGCUGGGCUCGCCUCCACUCAGACAGCUUUUCCUAACCCCUUGAUGAUAGAGUUUUUACCUCGGCCAAGCAUUGAGGAACCGGAAGCAACCGAGGUGCUCUGCACCGACUUGGGUCCUUCUUGGAUGGAUCCCAUCGUCGCCUUCUUAAAAGAUAGAGUUCUACCGGAAGAUAAAAAGGCAGCCACAAAAUCCGAGCAAAGUCAGGGCGGUUCUGGCUCUCCCCAUCUGGAGCCUUGUCCUUGGCAUACCAAGCAAAUAUUCCGGCGUGCCCGUAUUCCUUUCUUCCGAGUUCCGUCGUACCGAGCAAUUUCCCAAGGUUACUGGUGGUCGUGCAUGCAGGCGGACGCACAGAAAUAUGUUCGCAGGUGUGAGAAGUGUCAGAAGUUCGCUCACCAGAUCCAUCAGCCGGCUAGAGAUUUGCUCCCUCUCAUAAGUCUUUGGUCGUUCGCGUUUUGGGGAUUGGAUAUUGUUGGACCACUUCCAGCAGCGCCGAGCAAUCGCAAGUUCUUCAUCGCUGCCACCGACUACUUCACCAAGUGGGUGGAGGUCGAGCCACUGGCGACCAUAAAGGAAAAGGAUGUGAAGAAGUUUGUUUGGCAAAACGUCAUCACUCGCUUCGGUAUACCCAGGGCCCUCGUCUCAGAUAACGGCACUCAAUUUGAUGGGAAGCUCUUUCGCGGAUUUUGCGAGGAGUUGAAGAUCGAGUUCUACAAUUCGACACCGGCCUAUCUUCAGUCUAACGGUCAAGCAGAGGCCUCAAACAAGACCAUCUUGGAUGGGCUAAAGAAGCGGCUUGAAAAAGCCAAGGGGAAAUAG